AUGGCGUCGGAGGAUGUGAAGACGAGCGAAUCGGCGGUGUCGAAGAUUGUUAACCUUGCUGAGGAGGCGAAGCUUGCGAAAGAAGAAAUAAAGCCUACUAAAUACCAGGUCUACAGUGUCUGCAAGUCUCUCGUUGCUGGUGGAGUAGCCGGAGGCGUGUCACGAACUGCUGUAGCUCCAUUGGAACGACUAAAAAUAUUGUUACAGGUUCAAAAUCCGCACACCAUAAAAUACAAUGGUACUAUUCAAGGCUUGAAAUAUAUUUGGAGAACUGAGGGCUUUAGAGGGUUGUUUAAAGGAAAUGGCACCAAUUGUGCUCGAAUAGUCCCAAAUUCUGCUGUAAAGUUCUUCAGCUAUGAGCAAGCCUCCAAGGGCAUAUUAUAUUUGUAUCAGCAACAAAUUGGCAAUGAGGAUGCUCAGCUGACUCCUUUAUUACGUCUGGGAGCUGGAGCUUGUGCUGGAAUAAUUGCUAUGUCUGCAACGUACCCAAUGGACAUGGUUCGUGGCAGACUUACUGUGCAGACAGAUAAGUCUCCCUAUCAGUAUAGAGGAAUGUUUCAUGCUUUGUCAACUGUGCUUCGUGAGGAAGGUUUUCGUGCUUUGUACAAGGGUUGGCUUCCUUCUGUCAUUGGAGUUGUUCCAUAUGUGGGUCUCAACUUUGCUGUAUAUGAAUCUCUAAAGGAUUGGUUGAUUAAAUCUAAUCAAUUUGGGCUUGUUGAAGAUAAUGAAUUGGGCUUGGUAACAAGACUUGCAUGUGGGGCUGCAGCAGGUACCGUCGGACAAACUGUUGCAUACCCUCUUGAUGUUAUCCGUAGAAGAAUGCAGAUGGUGGGCUGGAGUAAUGCCGCUUCAAUUGUCACUGGUGAUGGGAGAAGCAAGGCCUCCCUUGAAUAUACUGGCAUGAUUGAUGCUUUCAGGAAAACUGUUAGGUACGAGGGCUUCAGAGCAUUGUACAAGGGUUUAGUUCCCAACUCAGUGAAGGUCGUUCCAUCAAUCGCUAUUGCAUUUGUGACGUAUGAACAAGUGAAGGACAUCCUGGGUGUUGAUAUUAGAAUAUCCGACUGA